GGGAGGGACACAGACACAACCAUGCACAGACUGCUCACCACAAGAGACUACUUCUGAGCAUAACUUCUCCUUCAAGGUCUCCUCUCCUUCCCAAACCGCAGGAACCAUAGACAAGAACAAGAACAAGGACAGGAAGUGACAUCAAUGGAGCAGAACGACAAGGACACAUUGGAAGCUGAGAAACAGCAAAUGAAUGGUCAAACAGAAGAAGCACCUCAAGAGACGACGACACCUGAAGAGCCAGCAAAUACAAGUGAGAAUAAUUCCGAUACACAUGAACAAGAAAAAAGUGAGGACAAUGCAGAAAAGAAUGAAGAAGAAACAAUUGUGAGUAAUGGAGAUGAAGAGGAAAAUGCAAAUGAAGAAAAAGAUGAAGAGGAGGAUGAAUUGGGCGAUGGUUUCCAGCCUUCGGUUGAGAUGUCAAUCCGGCUAUUUGAAAAAGACAAAGGGGAUAUCAACCGCCCUAUUAGCAGACAAUGCAACCUCACAUCACAAAAGCAAUCGGAUCAUCAUCAAAUUAAGAGACAAUCAUUAUUUCACCAUCCAUCUUGCUGUUUUCAUAAUUUUGGCUGA